AUGGCGGCGCUUUACAACCUCGAACCGCAACCUACAGCCAAAGUCAUCCUUCGCACUACCUCCGGUGACCUCACCCUCGAGCUCUUCGCCAAACAAACCCCUCUCACCUCGCGCAAUUUCCUCCAACAUUGUCUCGAUGGCUACUACACCAACACAAUCUUCCACCGUCUGGUUCCGGGCUUCAUCAUUCAAGGUGGAGAUCCCACAGGGACAGGAUCAGGUGGAAUCUCUGCGAUCAACGACGGGGAUGUCUUUCAAGAUGAAUUUCACAGUCGAUUGAAGUUCAAUCGGAGAGGAUUGCUGGGCAUGGCGAAUGAGGGAAAGGAUAGUAAUGGGAGUCAAUUCUUCUUGACGCUGGGAGUGACGUCGGAGUUGCAGGGGAAGAAUACCAUGUUUGGGAGGAUUGAGGGUGAUACGAUUUAUAAUUUGAUGAAGAUGGGUGAUGCGGAGUUGGCUGAGGGAGAGGGGAGUGAAAGACCUUUGUACCCGACGAAGAUUACAGGCACGGAGAUUUUGGUGAAUCCUUUUGAGGAUAUGGUUGCGAGAGCGAGGGAGGCGCCGAGGAGUGCGGUGGAGGAGGGGAAGAAAGAGGUUAAGAAGAGGAAGAAGCCGGUAGGGAAGAAUGUCUUGAGCUUUGGUGGUGGGGAGGAGGGGGAAGAGGUUGCUCCUGUGUUGAAGAAGGCAAAGGUGAAUCCCAACUUGGUGAGGCUUGAAGAGGAUGCAGAAGAGGUCAAGGAGAAGUCUGCGCCAAAGAAGAAGAAAGAACAGAAGAAGCACGUUGAGGUGGAGCAGGAUGAUGAUGAUGAUGAUGUUGAAGAGCAGCCCGCACCAGUCCGAAAACCUGCAGUUCCAUCAGAAACCAACCAAGAAGACGAAGACAUGGACUCUGAACCAGAAGAAGUUUCCAAGCCCUCCCGUAGCAAAUUGGACUCCACAAACGCCGAAAUCGCAGCUUUGAAAGCAAGCAUGAAACGUACCGUCGACCCCGAAUUCAAAGAGAAAGAAAAGCCAAAAUCCGCACUAGAAUCACUCAUCCCAGAGACAUCCACGCGAGGCCGCAAACGAGGCAAAGUAGCAGACGAGCAGGGCGCCAUAGACCUCUUCAAAGCCUUUAAACAACGCCUAGAAACCCUCCCAGUAGAUGACAAUCAAGAAACACCCGCGACAAAACUAGCAGAAGCACCCACAACAACAACCACCACCAACAACAACAACGACGAUCAAGCAGAAGAUGACGAGGAAGCAGCACUCUGCGACCUACAUUUCAUCGCCAAUUGCCAAUCCUGUAAAAUCUGGGACGAAGGCGACCAGAAACCCGAAGGGGAAGCGAAUGGAGACGGGGAAGAUGAUCCCGGCUGGAUGGCGCACAAGUUAUCUUUUGCAAAGGAUACUUUGGGCAAAGAUUUGGAGUGGAAGAGGAAAAUGGCGGAAAUUGAAGUUAUUGAUCCGAGGGAAAAGGCUAGGGUUAUUAAGGAGGAAUCUAAGAGGAAUAAGAGUAAGGGGAAGGGGAAGGAGGGUCGGUGA